CGCUGUCCUCCUGGAUGAGGAGUAUGUGUGCUGCGCCCUGAUUGGCUUCCCCUGAUACAGCUGUACAUGGUCUCCGGUGCUCGGGACCGGCUCGGUUUCCCCUGAGGCUGCACCUGUUGUCCCGCCGGGUGAGGGGGGAGACAUGCCGGAGUCUGCAGAGAGGAGAGCCGAAGUUCUGAGCGCUCCCCUCCCCUCCCGGCUCCUCCCCGCCGCCUUAUCCCCGGAGCGGCUGGAAGUUGCUGAGCACUUGUGUGCGCCCCUCCCGGCCCCCAUGGCAGAGAACGAGCUGGCCCAGAAGCUGCAGCGCCGCUUGGUGCUGGAAGAUGCCCCGACAGAGGGCGAGGUGCCCGGACACCCCGAGCCCAACGGGGGGGAGGAGGAGGAGGAGGGCGAGAAGCCGACCACUGCCUAUGCAGACUCCGAGCUGAGUGCCAAGCUGAACCGGAGGAAUGACAUCAACCAGGGCAACGCCGUGCCAUCCAACCGGGGCCACAUCUUCAACCCGUACACAGAGUUCAAGGAGUUCUCCCGAAAGCAGAUCAAGGAUAUGGAGGCCAUGUUCCGCCAGUACGACACUGGAAAGGACAAUUUCAUAGACCUAAUGGAGCUAAAGCUCAUGAUGGAGAAGCUGGGCGCCCCACAGACUCAUCUUGGUUUGAAGAACAUGAUAAAAGAAGUAGAUGAAGAUAUUGAUGGAAAGCUGAACUUCCGAGAGUUUUUACUGAUAUUCCGCAAGGCAGCGGCGGGCGAGCUGGAGGAGGACAGCGGACUGAUGUCUCUAGCUAAACUCUCUGAAAUUGAUGUGUCAACAGAGGGCGUAAAGGGGGCCAAGAGCUUCUUUGAGGCCAAGGUCCAGGCUCUCUCUGCAUCCAGUAAAUUUGAGUCAGAAAUUCGUGCUGAACAGGAUGAGAGAAAGCGACAGGAGGAGGAGAAGAAAAACCGUCGAGCUGCCUUCAAAGAACUGAAAUCUGCUUUUAAUUAGGACAUUGCCGCCUUUUAUACUAACAUUUGACCAUGGUCUUCAGUCACUUUUAACAAAAUGCCGCCUAAAGUUCUAUUGGGUUUUAAUGAUUGCGAGGCCGGGUCUUGUGCUUGUGACACCUUGUAAAGCAAGGAGCUUUGUCCCUCCUGCUAGUUUACUAAAAUAGCCUCUUGACUCCUAUAUCCAAAAGAAGCCAAUCUAGCAGUAUUUGCUCCUGUACAUACUGAAACAUGCCUAAUGUGCUAUAGGUGAUAAAACUACUGUCCUUUCUCUUUGAUUGUAUCUAAAUACAGUAUAUAAUGGGUGUAAAGUAAUUUAAGGGUUCUUACAUGCUUCAUAGUCCACUUCUGGAUUAACUCUAAAUAAUGUCUACAUGGCUAGAAGGGCAAGAAAAGAUAAAGCCAACCCCUAUAGACCUUCAUUCCACUGAUCUGUAACAUUCCUUGUUAGGAUCAUAAUGUGGCAGGUUUGUUGCAGUCCUUUCCUGGGAUUGUCGCAUUUAUCUGAAUGGCGCUGCAUAAACCCAUGUGUUUGCUUCUUAAAGACCCUCAAAUUCAGAAACAAUCCUCUCUGCAUCAAAUUUGCCACAUGUGAAUAUACUCUGAGAUCUGGUGUAACAACAAUAAAGGGGUUAUCCAGGAAUAGAAAAACAGAGCGAAUCUCUUUCAAAAACAGCUCCCUGUCUGUCCCCAGGUUGUGUGUGUGUGUUAGUACAACUUGGCUCCAUUCACUUAAAUGGAACUGAGCUGCGGAACCACCCCCAACAUGGAGACAGACAGACGGAGCUGUUUUUGAAAGAAAUUAGCUCAGUUUGUCUAUUCCUGGAUAACCCCUUUAAAUGGAACCUGAAAAUGCUGGUUAAUCUACUGGCAUAAUGUUAGAGCGGGUGGAGCUCAUGUAGAACUUUCUGUUCUUUAGUGGUCCAGUUGGGGGGUCCUGCGCAAUGGUUUCCUGUAUGAGCUUAUACAGAGUUAGUUGUCAAUCAUUAUUAGGACUGCCCACUGGACUCCUAAACCACAAUUAACAGGGAUUUAAAUGAAGAAAAAGUUAGACUGAAUGUUUUGCCACACUAUGGGGGAGAUUUAUCAAAACCUGUGCAGAGUCCAAGUUGCCCAGUUGCCCAUAGCAACCAAUCAGCUCGCUUCUUACAUUCCUAACAAGGCCUGUGAAAAAUGAAAGAAGCGAUCUGGUUGCUAUGGGCAACUGGGCAACUUUGACUCUGCACAGAUUUUGAUAAAUCUCCCCCAAUAUAUCACUGCACAGCUUCUCCUGCUACAUGACCUACCAGCAGACCAGAUUGUAUGUUCAAUGUGAAGGGUUCCCUGUAAGACCCACAAAGUCAUUAAAGGGGUACUCCACUGGCCAGCGUUCAGAAGCAAAUAUUCCGAAUGCAGUUUUCGCGCUGUGGGGGUCGGCCACACCUUUCGUG